AUGAGUUCUAAUCCAUGUUUAUCGAAUAUAAAUGGAACAAUUCGUUCCAAUGCAUUACAUGAUAUUGAAGUUGCAGGUUACCGUUAUGUUAUGUCAACUAUCUGUAUAUUCGGUGUUGUAUGCAAUAUACUUAAUUUAUGUGUUCUUCUUCAACGUCGCCUCAAAGAAUCACCAUAUACCUAUUUGACUGGUUUGGCUCUAGCCGAUAUGCUUACACUUAUGUCCAUGUCUCCAGUGUCUAUUGUACGCGGUGACUCUAUUCGACAUGAGAAUCGUUUCUUUACUUUGGCAUGUCUCGAAACUUAUAUAUACAUGCCACUAGCAAAUUAUUUCGGUCAAGUAAGUAUAAUGAUCACAGUGGCAUUAACAUUCGAACGUUAUUUAUUUACAACGUAUCCAUUACGUACACAAAGUUUCUGUAAACCGAGCUAUGCUCGUCGUGUCAUAGCUAUUAUAUUAUUAUUUUGUGCUAUUUUAAAUAUUCCACGAUUUUCAAGUGAGACAAUUAACAAACGUAUUGGAUAUGAAUCAGAAUUCAAUCCUAAUUCAUGUAGAACACAUCCGUUCGUAAUUAAAUAUUCGUCAACAAAUAAUUCUCACAUUGGUCAAUGCUUUUGUGUUGUUGGAGAUACAAAAGCAGGCUUUUCGCCAUAUAAAAAUUAUUAUUAUUAUACAAUGUUAGCGAUCAAUCAAAUAUUACCGUUUGUGAUACUACUCUUUUUAAAUCUAAGUUUAAUCAAACGUAUACAAAUAUCAAAUCGAUAUACACUGGCAGAAUUAACAGCUCGACAACAUAUCAAUAUUAAUUCGGCAGCACCAACAGUAAAUACAAUAAAACAAAAACGUUUACGGGACGAACAACGUUUAACAAAAACUCUUGUGGCCGUUGUUAUUACUUUUCUCAUAUGUAAUACAUUUACAAUUGUUUCGUAUCCUGGUUUGGUUCGAUUUAUAACACAGAAAAAAUAUCCAAAUUAUUUUAAUGCCGGUUUUCGUAUACAGAAAUUAAUAACAAAUAUAAUGUUGUUAUUAAAUUAUUCGAUUAAUUUUUUUUUCUAUUGUGCAUUCAAUCAAAAAUUUUUGGAUACAUUGAAAAAGACGUUUCGUAUUGGAAAUUUAUCUUGUGGAUGCUCCUCAUCGGAGCAUCGGGGCUUAUCAACAAAUCUAUCGAUGAAUAUUCAUACAAAAAUUGCUACAACAAAUCAUUAUAUAUCAAAUUAUCAUGGGAGUUCACAAGAACUGAAUAAAAGCCGACGACAACAACAACAACAACAAAAACAAGAUAUGUAA